AUGCAUGUGAGACAUGUAGAUGUCACUACAGCAUUUCUACGUGGAAAUUUAGAAGAAGAAAUAUACAUGGAACAGCCAGGAGGCACAGUUCAACCCGGAGAAGACGAUCAACCAGCUUACACAUCAAUGGAUACUUCUUAUCCAAAGGAAGAGGAGAUCUCUCCACCAGUGGACAAGACCAAGUACAGGCAAGCCAUUGGAGCCUUAUUAUACAUAGCCACUGUAACCAGACCGGACAUUACUCUUGCAGUGAAUGUGUUAAGCAGGAAAAAUGAAUCUACAAAUGAGAAAGACUGGAAAACAGUUGUAAGAGUAAUUCAAUACCUCAACUCUACGAAGGACAUUUUCCUGAAAAUUGACUUUGAUAGCACACCAACACUUUCUUGUUAUACGGAUGCUGACUAUGCAUUUGAUUUAACCACCAGACGAUCAACAGGUGGAAAGUUAUUUUUUCUUAGGAAAUAG